AUGGCCCCCAAGCCUAUGUCCACCGCCUCCAAGGCACCCGCCUCCUCUGCCCCCAAGACGGCGUCCAAAAAGCCCAAGACUAAGACUGAGGGGGCCACCAAAACCACCUCUACCGCAGACGGUGAGAAGAAGAAGCGCAAGAAGUCGCGCAAGGAAACCUGGAGCUCGUACAUUUACAAGGUCCUCAAGCAGGUCCACCCCGACACGGGUAUCUCCAACAAGGCGAUGGCCAUUUUGAACUCGUUCGUCAACGACAUCUUCGAGCGCAUUGCGACGGAGGCUUCGAAGCUUUCUUCGUACGCCAAGAAGUCCACAAUCUCGUCGCGCGAGAUCCAGACUGCUGUUCGCCUCAUCCUACCCGGUGAACUCGCCAAGCACGCAAUCUCGGAGGGUACCAAGUCUGUAACCAAGUUCUCGUCGACUCAGAAGUAG